GACGCGGGCGGGCGGUUCCCGACGAGGCCCUGACUUCCGCGCCCCGCCAUCCGGGGCCGACCUGGUCGCCAUGACGGGCCUGGACCCCGGCCUGGCCAUCCCCGUGUGGUUGGCCGAGGACGACCUGGGCUGCAUCAUCUGUCAAGGGCUGCUCGCCUGGCCCGCCACGCUGCCCUGCGGCCACAGCUUCUGCCGCGACUGCCUGAAGGGCCUGUGGGCCGCCGGCAGCCCGCGCUCCUGCCCCACCUGCCGCGAGGGCGCCGCGCUGCCGCAGCAGCUGCGGAAGAACACGCUGCUGCAGGAGCUGACGGACAAGUACAGCCAGGCGCUGCGCGAGGAGGCGGGCCCGCGCGGCCCUAGCGCCCCUCGGCUCCUCCUCCCGCCCCGACCCGCUGCUCUCGCUCUGCGCCUCGCGGCUCUCGGGCGAGUUCCCGCGAGCGUUCGGAAGCAGGGGAACCCCGCCUCCUGGCAGCCCAGCCACGCCCCCGCUCUGUCUCUUCCCGCACGUUGCCACCACCUCUUUCCAGUUCUUUCCGCAGUCUGUCUCUUUGAGCACUUUUAUAUUUUGGCGGCAGCACAGAAGAGCAUCGCAGAAGUUGGGCGGGAGCUGGAAGAGUUGGUGGAACGGCUUGUAGACAUUGUCAGGAGUCUUCAGAGUCAGACACACCUCCCAGAGUCCGGACCAGACAAUGAAGGGAGCACCCCAAGCUUGUCUUUUGCCGGUGGGGUGGACCUUUCCUUGGCCUCUUCAAAGCCCAUGGCUCCCCACACACCCAAGAGAAAAAUGAGUGACAUUCUGCAUGACUUAGAAGAAAUCCGGGAAAAAUUACAGGCAAACUUGACGUGGAAAGCGGCCCUUGAAGAACCACUGCAGGUAGAGCCCCAGGAGGCUCCAUCUUCCUCUUCGUGCCUACGGCCUGACCAUGACCACCUUACCCCCGCGAGGGCCUCCCGGUUUGCUCAGUGGGCCAUCAGUCCGACCUUUGACCUUCGGAGCCACUCCUGUAGUCUGGAGGUGUCCCAGGACCUCCGGGUGGUGACUGUAUCUCGCUGCCCGCAGACCCAUCUCUGGAGUCAUGAGAGGUUUGUGACCUGCCAGGUCUUAUGUUCCCAGGCCUUUUCUUCAGGGCAGCAGUACUGGGAAGUGGACACUCAGCACUGCAGCCACUGGGCAGUUGGGGUGGCUUCCUGGGGAAUGAGGCGCAACCAGACCCUGGGAAGGACCGGAGACUCCUGGUGUCUAGAGUGGAAGGGGACUCGGCAGCUCUCUGCCUGGCACAUGGUCAAGGAGACCAUCCUCGGCUCUGAUAGACCGAAGGUGGUGGGCAUCUGGCUGGACCUGGAGGAGGGCACACUUGCCUUCUAUUCGGUGGCUACCGAGGAGUCGCUUCUGUAUGAGUGCCCCGUCUCUUCCUCCUCUCCUCUGCACCCUGCCUUCUGGCUCUACGGCUUAACUCCGGGAAACUCUCUGACUAUAAGGCCGGCCCAGGCGUAAGGUCCGCUGGGUCUUGACGCAUGGUGGUUUGCCCUCAGCCUACGGGCAACGGCUGCUGCACAAGGGUCCUGCUUCCAGAGUUAGGGGGCGGGGAGUAAAGGGCUCACCACAGGCUUGGGACGUUCAAGCUUCACGUUCCCGAGAGAGCAUGGGCCCUUGUCUGGCACCUGGGAGGUAAGCCCUCAGCCCUGGGGAUAUCCUGCCUGGUGAGAGUGUCUGUUCACCUGAGGGCCUCGGGCCAGGCACGAUCACCUUGACCUCUGGAGGGGCUGGAGACUAAGGCCUGCCUUGGUGCCUGACCCCCAGUAAAAGCCCUGGCACCAAGGUGCCCUGGUUAGCAGUGCCCCUUGUACAUUGCCACAACCUGUUGCUAGGAGAAUUAACUUUGUCCUGUGACCCCGCGGGAAGAGGACAGUUGGUGUCUCUUGGCGCCUGCCCUGUGUGCUGUGCCUUUUACUACUGCCGAUUUUUAUCUGUAUCCUUUCACCGUAAUAAACUGUAACCAAGACUA